AAUAAUCAAAUUGCAUUUUCCAAAGCUAUAGUAAACUCUAGUCUAGAUCUAGUCUGUAUCUGUAUAAAAAUAAAUGUGAUAGGACGGACUCCUUAAAAAAAUAUUCGCAGCCGUCAGGAAUGAAAUGCGUAAAGAUCGGCCAAUGAUGCACUUCACGUUUCAGAUUGUUUACUUCCCGUAGCUGUUUUUGCAUACGCUUAAAAAUACUACAGCAUCCAUAACAGCAAAUAAAUAUACAAACAUCUCUAAGGACUAGACCAUGAAUCUACCAUUGAAAUCAGAUAUUAAACAUUUAUCAGAAAGUUCUCUAGAGCAGUCAACAAAAAAAGUAAAAAGCAUAUCGGUACAUAGUUCUCAAGUACAACAUCAGAGAAAGUCAACUCGACAUCAAAUAAAUUUAGCUUUUCAGAAGGAUUGUGAUAUUCAGAGUUCUAGUCCAGACAAUGUAGAUGGCUCUAAGUAUAUUGUCUCCACUUUUUCUUCUUCAAUAGAUGUCAUUGCAAAUGACAAUGAAGCCAUUGAUGCUGAAACUUUGAAAAAAGAAAAUGAAACUAAUGACUUUGGGCUGCCUAGCUUUAAACAAAGAAUGCAAAGAAUGCAAUGUUUAACAUUGCGUAGUUUCAAAGCAAAACAAGAAAGAGCACAGCAGCAAGUAGCCCAAAGGGUCAGAACAAUUAUUCAACUAAGUGAGACCCAAAGUUGCAUCAAUUACACCAAAAGAUUUUUGAAGGGUAUCAAGUCGAUGUUUGAUGCACUUAUUGAUUUAUGGUACCGCCUGAAUUUUUGGAGCCAACAAUUUCGAGAAAUUGAAGGACAUUUUGGUAUAGCUACCUCAACUUACUUUAGAUUUACAAGAUGGCUAGUCAACCUCAAUUUUAUGGUCUUUUUCUUAUAUCUUUGUUUUAUCUACAUUCCUCAACUUAGCUACAAUAAUCUGUCAGAUUAUUUUACUGUCGUUAAUGACACUGGUAGUGGAUCUUUUUAUAAUAAAAUGGUUCUGUGUAGUAAAUCCUAUAAAGAGAAGUUGACUACCAGGAGAGCUAAUCACCACUGGUUGACAUUUUUAGAUAUUGCACAAGGAACUGGCUUUCUCGAGAAUACCAUGUUGUUCUAUGGUUUCUAUUCCAACUUGACUGUAUCACUCCAUAAUGAUUUCAGCAGCAGAAAUGUCAAAUACAAUAUGGGCCUUGGAUAUCUCUUAACAGUUGGCAUUAGUUUUGUUGUUGUGUUUAUUAUGAUUGUUCGAAAAUCAAGUACUACUAUUAAAGAAACUGUAAUGGAUUUUGAUAACACAGCAUAUCCGUUAUAUACCAAUGCUGUCUUUGGAGGCUGGGAUUAUUGCAUUAACAGUGAAAAAAUGUCUGUCUACAAACAAAGAAUUAUUUACAAUGAAUUUAAAGCAACUCUUUGGGAAGUGAAGAUGAAAAAAAAGAGAGAAAAUAGGUCAACAAGGGAAAAAUCAAAAUUAUACUUAAAGAGGCUCAUUAUAAACCUGGUGGUUCUAGCACUGCUUGUUGGAUCAUUUUAUACCAUAUACCUCACUACUGAUUAUCUAAUAAAGAAUCAAACGGAAAAUUUGAGUGAAUUCAAUUUCUUAAUGGUCAACUAUCUUCCAUCAAUAGUUAUUUCUAUCCUAAAUGCAAUCGUUCCUGAAAUUUUUUGGGCACUUUCAAAAGUAGAAGAAUACUCUAACAGCUUUGCUACACAUAUAACAAUUGUAAGGGCUGUAUUUCUACGUUUGUCAAGUGUGUGGGUCCUAGUAGUAUCCCUCUAUUACAGACUUCAUUAUAAAGGUAGAAAACCAAUGGAUUGUCCUGAAGAAAAUAUGUACAAUGUUACUCGUUGUUGUGGAAAUACUCUAUGGGAAAGUAUCAUUGAAAAUGACAAACUGGAGAGAAGAACUGUAAAGUGUUGGGAGAGUUAUGUGGGACAACAAUUCUACAAACUGUGCAUAACAGAUUUUAUGUCUGUAACAUUAAUAGUUUUAUCCAUAAAAAUACCUCGCAGAAUUAUUCACCAUCACUUACAGCACAGGAUCUGGGUCAUUAAGAAGCUUGGCAGAGCCAAGUUUGAUCUUCCAUUACAAGUUUUGGACAUUGUCUAUUCACAGACUGUUUGCUGGAUGGGCAUGUUUUUCAAUCCAUUGCUACCUGCUCUGACAUUUAUAAAAGUGUUCUAUUUCUUCUUCUUAAAAAAGUUUGAGCUGUUGUCUGUUGCUGAAGCUCCUCAAAUUGCAUACAGAGCCUCACGAUCUUAUUCAUUUUUCCAGACAGUUUUGCUUGUUUCAUUUAUCAUCAUAACAUGUCUACUAGGCUACAUGAUUGGGAAACUUAUUUUUUAACUGAAGAGAAAAUGAUGAUCUUCUUUAAGAGGUAAGUGUUGAAUAGUAUCAAUAAUGUUUGUAGCCUUUAUUCAUUUUUGUAAUUGCUCAGAGCUUCAAUUGUGUAGACGAAAAUUUAAUAUAGAAAAGAUUAUUUUUCAUUGCAAAACUUUUCAGAAUUUUAUUGUUAAAAAUAAAUAAAUGCAUAGCUCAUACUCUGUUUUCAUUGUAAUAGCAAAUAAAUAGUAUAAUAACAAUGGAAGUUUGAGCUAGAACAAAUAAUGUCAAUUUCUUUGAUUCUGAAGAUAGUGAUUUAACCACCAUCAAAAUAUAAAUGAAAUAAUCGAUGGACCAUAAUAUUGUUAAAAUACACAGUCAAAUAAAAACAGUGACUAAUAUAAAACCUAAAAGAAAAAUCUUACUCUGGAACAAAUGCACUUUAACAAAAUUACACCAAGCUGCACUAUACUUUCAACAAACAAUGUUAUCAAAAAAAAGGAAUGAACCAACCAGUUAAUGACCUCUGGAAUUUUAUUAAAAAACAUCUUAAAAGCAUUAUAGAAAAUCAAAUACCAACUAAAUACUCAUCAAAUAUAUACUAGUUUGAUAAUAAAUUAAAGAACUUAUGCAAAUCUAUAUACAAAUUUUUAAGAAACUAAGGCAAAAGAGUAUAUGAAGUAUAUUAGAAUGAAACACUUAACCCAGAAAGUCAGCAGACAGCUGCAGAGUGGAUACAUGAACAAUGUUGUAUCUUAAGAUAACAAUAAAAACCUAGGGUCAAAGAAAAUAAAAUAAGAGUAGCACCAUUAAAAGGAAAAGAUAACUUAACAUAAUGAUAAUGAAACUAAAGCUAAUAUUCUAAAUAAAUACUUUGCAUUAGCAUUCUCUGCCCCCAGAGACAAAAACAUAUUACUUAAUUUGAACCAAGUUGACAACAGCUAAAAGUCAGGGUAUGGAGACAUAAAGCACAGGAUACAUUAGAAUGGAGAGAUGUGCUAAAGCAGGCCAGGGCCCUCCAUGGGUUGUAGCACCACUGAGAUGGAUGGAUGAACCAAGUCGAAAACAUAAGAAAUAUAGAUGUACUAGAAAAGGGAAUCCAAAAACUAUUAUCAAACAUAAAACCAAAUAAAACAUCUGGACCUGAUGGUAUUCCAGCUAGAUUACUGAAAGAACUAAGCAAGGAUCUAACACCAGUGUUCAAAAUACUUUUUUCAGGCAACACUUAAUCAGGGCAGUGUACAGAAGGACUGGAUAGAAGCAAAAUUCACUCCCCUUUUUAAAAAAGGAGAAAAAUGUGACCCAGCAUUCACAAAGUUCAUCAUCAUAGCUUGCUUAAAGAAUUAAAAUAUUUUGGCAUUACUGGUUCAUUAUAUCAAUGGAUUCAAGAUUUCUGAUUUAAAUUCAUGUGUACCUCAAGGAACAACCAUAGGUCCAAUUCUAUUUUUUAAUUUACAUAAAUGAAUUACCAUAUUGCAUUAAUUCUAACAAAAAAAAGUCAGAUUAUUUGCAGAUGAUUGCAUAAUAUAUAGAACAUAAAAACAACACACAAAUACAGAAAUUUUAGAAAGAGAAUAUGAUGAAUUACAGAAAUGGGAAUCAAAUUGGAGCAUGUCAUUCCACCCAGAAAAAUGUUUUUAUAUAGGGUAACAAAAAAAAAUAAAA